AUGGCUGCAGCUGCCUCAGUUCAUUCAUUUACUGCCUAUUGUAAUUUGGAAGCAUUCUUUAGGAUGAAGAGAGCUAGGCAGAAAUUUGUUGCUGAAAAUGAAGCUCCUCAAACAUCACAGAAAAGCAAAAAGCAGAAAACUUGUCAAUAUGGCUCAGUGUUUGGUGAAUCUGACUUGCACACCUCGAUGGACUGGGGAAACCUUCCGCACCAUGUUAUUCUGCGUAUUUUUCAGUUUCUACCUUUAGUAGAUCGAGCCAGAGCAUCUUCAGUUUGUCGAAGGUGGAAUGACGUUUUUCACAUCCCAGAUCUCUGGAGGAGAUUUGAAUUUGAACUUAGCCAGCCAGCUACUUCUUAUUUAAAGUCUACACAUCCUGAUCUCAUUCAGCAGAUUAUCAAGAGGCAUGCUGAUCAUCUGCAGUACGUCAGCUUCAAGGUUGAUAGUAGCACUGAGUCAGCAGAAGCAGCCUGUAACAUCCUUUCUCAGCUGGUGAACUGUUCCAUCAAGACGCUGGGUUUGAUUUCUACAGCAAAACCAAGCUUCAUGAAUGUCUCCAAGGCUCAUUUUGCUUCAGCACUGACAGUAGUUUUUGUGAACUCCAAGUCAUUAUCAUCAAUCAAGAUAGAUGACACACCACUUGAUGAUCCUUCCUUGAAGGUUCUUGUUGCUAACAACAGCGAUACUCUGAAACUGCUAAAAAUGAGCAGCUGUCCUUAUGUAUCACCUGCUGGAAUUCUUUGUGUUGCUGACCAGUGUCACGGACUUAAGGAGCUGGCUUUGAACUACUACAUAUUAAGCGAUGAAUUGCUGCUGGCUCUUUCGAGUGAAAAACACGUCGACCUUGAACACCUUCGCAUUGACGUUGUGAGUGAAAAUCCUGGACAAGUUGAAUUUCACACUAUCAAAAAGCAAAGCUGGGACGCUCUCGUCAAACACUCCCCCAAAGUCAACAUCGUGAUGUAUUUCUUCUUAUACGAAGAAGAAUUCGACACUUUCUUCAGAGAGGAAACCCCUGUUACGCAUCUUUACUUUGGCCGCGCGGUGAGCAAGGCGAUGUUGGGUCGUAUCGGCAUGAACUGCCCGAGGUUAAUCGAGUUGGUCGUGUGUGCCAACGGACUUCAGCCUUUGGACGCCGAGCUGAUACAGAUCGCCGAGCGCUGCAAGAACUUGACGGCGAUGGGACUUGGUGAAUGUGAAGUGACUUGCAGAGGGUUCGUUGAGUUUGUAAAGAUGUGUGGGGGCAGGCUUACCCAGCUUUCUAUCAUGGAGGAGGUGCUGAUCCCAGAUAACGAUUAUAGCUUAGACCGACUCCAUCUGGAAGUCUCCAAACACCUCGGAAGAAUGUGGUUUCCUGAUAUGAUGCCAACGUGGUAAAUUCUCUGCAUUUGAGGUUAAAAUGGUAGAAUCAGGGUGUUGCUUUCUAUGCAAAUAAAG